UUCCACAGAAAUUCAGCACUGUGGAUGAGAUGGUCAAGUUCGUCACCAUGGUGAUCUUCACUUGCUCUGCCCAGCACUCAGCUGUCAACUCUGGGCAGUACGACUUUGGGGCCUGGAUGCCCAAUAGUCCUGUCACCUUGCAGCUUCCCCCACCAACUAAAAAGGGGAAAGCAAGUGAAAAAAGCAUGAUAGAUACAUUCCCCAAUAUUCAAACAACAGUUCAUGGCAUGGCCGUCAUGUGGCUACUCAGCAAGCAGUCCUCUGACUCUAUCUUUCUUGGCCAGUACCCAGAGGAGCAUUUCACUGAGGAGGUUCCCUGCCAAAAAAUAAAGGAUUUCCAAGUAGAGCUCAAAAGGCUGAGUGCAGAGAUCAAAGCCAGAAACUCAGUGUUGGACCUGCCAUACACAUACUUGGAUCCUGACUUGACUGAAAACAGUGUGUCCAUUUGAAUAUUAGAAGGCAGCUUCUCUUCCUUUAGUUCAGUAACAAAAACAGAAAAGAAAGUGAAGUUUGAGCUCUGCCUGAAACUCAUUCUAUUGAUUUAACUUUAGUUUACCAGCAAUUUCUAAAAUAUUCUUCUGAGUUAAUACAAUGACCAGGUUUUAUGUUUCAGGUUUUAUGUUUCAUAAUUAGAAAAUAUAUCAGUGGAAAGAGUGUUUCUGAUUUAUAAUGAUUUCUACUUUUUUAAUCAUAAUUUUAAAGCUGUUUCUCUCUUUAAUAAUGAAAAGGUAAAUACGUAGAUAGAAAGCUGCUAGGGUGAGAAGGGCUUUAAGAAAUAAGGUCUCCAUUGCACUUCUCUGGUUUUUAAUUCUCAAUUUUGUUUCAAUACAAGCUUUAUAUAAUCAAUAUUUUUGUCUUAUUGCAGUAUAUUGCAUGAAUCCAUAAAAAGUGUACCUACUUUGAAAUAGGAAAAUUAAUAGCUAUCUAUAUCAUUUUUAGAGAUCAUAGAGAUUUAACACAGAUAUAGACAGACAUGAAUGCAUAACUUUAUGAUGUUUCAUUUAAAAUUCUUAGAAAUUUCUGCCUGUGAAUACAUGAUUUAAAGGGUGAAGAAGGAGCUUACUAUGUUAUUUUUCUGUGUGAACUAUACUUAGGCCCUGUUUAUAUCAACUGAUUUUUAAGCUUGCCUGACAUAAAUGAUGAUAGUUUGAUCUCUUUCUGAACUGUUUUCUGUAUGUAAAAGAUGGAAUAUAAACACUGACCCAGUCAAAAUCCUC